UAAAAGUGUUUCUCAUUGAGUUGGGCACAAGCACUGACUAACAGGAAGAAGGGACCAAGGACCAGAGGCCCAGAGCCCACUAGGAUAACCGGCUUCAGAGCUGCCCAGUACCCUUCCUCUUUUUUUCUCUGUCCUGGUCCUGUGUGUCCUUUUGGUUUUUGUCCCUGACCCAAGCCAGUGAAGCUCACAAAAAUGACCUUCCCACCUCAGGCUGCAGGCAUGUAAAGAGCAGUAAGAUAAUGUUUACUCGCUUCCAGCUACCAGCGAUGAUCACUAGAGUUGCCUUCAUAGAGUCUGAAAUAACGUGGAAACACUUCAGGGAUCGGUAGCCCUGACCUUAAAGUGCAGUUAACACUCCCAGGAAUUGGCCUGCCACUGUUAAGAAGAAAUGAAGUCGCUCCUCGACCUUAGAAGUAUAGGGGGGGUGUCACUUCCCAGAGGCCUCGCGACGCCGCUGGACCCCUUCUCCGAGACUUUCUGGGGCUCGGCAACCCCUGCCGUUGGGACUACAUAACCCUGAAAACUCUGCUUUGAACGGCAGGGGCAAUAACCCAAUGAAAGUGCAGAAAAGGGACACUUCCGGCAGGGCGUAGCGCCUUGAGGCGGGGCUUCCGCCUUUUCCGUGGCGGUCGUUUUAGCGGUUCUGGGGUCUCCGGGCUCGGUCGGAAGGUGCAGAACACCGGCUUGGGACCCAGGCGACCGACACAGGAGGCACGAGAGGAGGCUUCGUCCCCGCUGUACGGAGGCUGGUCUGGGGUCGGGGACUUCGCUGCCCGCGAGCCCGGCCUGGACACUGCGGAGCCCGCGACCGUCCGGGUCGCUCAGCUGUCAUCUCUUCACUUCGCCCACAGAGUCCGAUGGCGGCGGCCGCGCGCAGGGACCCGGCUGAGGUUUCCGUGGUUGCAGAAGUGCUUUGGGAGCCUCCACAGGGAAGUGUUACUUUUGAGGACGUGGCCCUAUAUUUCUCCUGGGAGGAGUGGGAUCUCCUGGAUGAGGAUCAGAGAUGCCUGUACCACGAUGUGAUGCUGGAGAACUUUGCGCUCACAUCCUCACUAGGUUGUGGGCACGGAGUGGACGAUGAGGAUGUACCUUUGGAAGAGAGCAUUUCUGUAGGAGUGUCACAGAUCAGGACUCUUGAGGCAGAUUCAUCUCCCCAGGAGGCCCAGCCCUUUGAGAUGCACGGCCCGAUCUUGAGAAACAUUCUGCGCUUGGCUGAGCACCAGGAAACUUAUCCUGGGGAAAAACCAUAUACAUGUGGGAAACAAUUCUGUUUAGCUGCCAACCUUCAACAGUACGAGGGGCAGCACACUAGAGAGGUUCCCUUCAGAAGUUAUGUGGACAGAGCCUCGUUUAUAAAGAGCUGUACAGUCCAUGUGUCAGAGAAGCCCCUUACCUGUGAGGAGACAGGGAAGGACUUCUUAACCAGCAUGGGAUUUCUCCAACAACAGGUCACUCACACUGGGGAGAAGCUGAACAACGAGUGCGAGGCUAUCUUUCACAAUGGAAAAAGUCGUCACCACUGUGGAGAAUGCAAGAAAGCCUUCAGCUGCACAGACACACUUGCUCAGGAUCAGAGAGUCCUCACUAGAGAAGGGCUUUAUGAAUGUGGCAAAUGUGGAAAAGCCUGUACCCGAAGAUGUAACCUCAUCCAGCACCAGAAAGUCCACACUGGAGAAAGACCUUAUGAAUGCAGUGAAUGUGGGAAAUUCUUUACCUACUACUCCAGUUUCAUUAUACAUCGGAGGGUUCACACCGGAGAAAGGCCCUAUGAGUGCAGUGAAUGUGGGAAAUCCUUUAGCCAAAGCUACAGCCUCAAUAGCCAUAGGAAAGUUCACACUGGAGAGAAACCUUAUGAGUGCAGGGAAUGUGGAAAGUCCUUCAGUCAAAGGUCCAACCUCAUUCAACAUCAGAGAGUUCACACUGGAGAAAGGCCUUAUGAGUGCAGUGAAUGUGGGAAGUCCUUUAGCCAAAACUUCAGUCUCAUUUACCACAGGAGAGUUCACACUGGAGAAAGGCCUCAUCAGUGCGGCGAAUGUGGGAAAUCCUUUAGCCGAAGCUCCAGCCUCAUUCACCACAGAAGACUUCACACUGGAGAAAGGCCUUAUGAGUGCGCUAAAUGUGGGAAAUCCUUUAAGCAAAGUUCCAGCUUCAGUUCACAUCGGAAAGUCCACACAGGAGAAAGGCCUUAUGAGUGUGGGGAAUGUGGAAAAUCUUUUAGCCAUAGCUCCAACCUCAAGAACCACUGGAGAGUUCACACUGGAGAAAGGCCUAUUGAGUGCAGUGAAUGUGGAAAGUCCUUUAGCUGUAAAUCUAACCUUGUCAAACACCUGAGAGUCCACACUGGAGAAAGGCCUUACGAGUGUGGGGAAUGCGGAAAAUCCUUUAGCCAAAGCUCCAGCCUCAUUCAACACCGGAGAGUUCACACUGGCAAGAGGCCUACUGAGUGCAGAGAAUGUGGGAAAUCCUUUAGCUCCAAAUCUGACUUCAUUCAACACCAGAGAUUCCAUACUAGAGAAAGGCCUUAGGUGUACAGAGACAUGUGGUUUCCUUUUAGAUAAUUACACUGGAGGAGGGAAGUUGUGAAGAAGCCAUCUGGCAAAUUUAAGCCUAUAUGUCUGAAAAUUCAUAGUGGGGAGAUCCAAGUAUGUGAGAAUCUAUAAGGAGCUGUGUUACACUUUCUAACCUGUCCAGGGCUUUUGCCAGAUUUAUGUCACUGCCGGUUUCUGUGGCAGAGUUUUGUCCUCUCUACCACUCAGCAGGUUCACACACUGUGCGUCAGUUACCACCACAGUGUGCUCAGGGAAGCUCCCCCCUUUGCUGGAGGAAAUCAUGAUUAGUCUUAGCCCUUAUAGGGUCUUCAUUCUCUUCUCUUGUAGAAGUUAGGGCACGGCCCUGACCCAGUUUGGGCCCAGUGGACCCAAUCUGAGUUCUGCCAGUAACUUGCCGAGAAGGACUGCAUUUUCAAUGUGUUAGUUUUGUGUGACACUCACCUUGGAUUUUCCUAUCUUCCAAGUCACCAACCUGGGAAUUCCCUGCCUCAUACUGCUUUGGAUUUUGCAAUAAUGAAGACAUUAUUGCUGGGGCGCCUGGGUGGCUCAGUUGGUUAAGCGUCCGACUUCGACUCAGGUCAUGAUCUCGCGGUUUGUGAGUUUGAGCCCCACAUCAGGCUCUGUGCUGACAGUUCAGAGCCUGGAGCCUGCUUCGGAUUCUGUGUCUCCCUCUCUCUCUGCCCCUCCCCUGCUCAUGCUCUGUCUCUCUUAUGUCUCAAAACUAAAUAAAACAUUAAAAAAAAAAAAAAGACACUAUUGCUUAAGCCACCUUUGAUCUUGGGGUUCUAUGCACUGCGUGAGGUGAUUUGAAAACACCUGGGCUCUGCCAGCAUUAAGGAGUGAACCGCUUUCAUGGGGUUCCCAGUACUUUGUGUGCCUCAGAGAUGACAGUUUGAUGAAAGAAUAUAGCUCUCUUUCCAGCUUUGGCCUAAUUUAUGCUGUUGCCCAAGGUCUCCUAGGAAAGACUGCAGGGCCUUGUCUUAAUUUGGGGACUGGGUAUCGAGAUUUUUUGGUGGGCUCAGAACACUGAAGAGUCAGGAAGUUCACAGCAUCCAGUGCUUCUGAGAACAACAUGAAUUGUUUUUCUUUUUCACGGUGGAUGUCCCAUAAUGCUCAGUGUUGAUGGAAUUCUCUGCCCCAGUCCUACAAAGGAGCCAUGUGCCCUGAUACCCAGAAUUCACUAGGCUAGUGUCAUGGUAAGAAUACAGGGCCCUGGGGCAACUGUAAUUGGUAUAGAAACACUGCAGUGGAGGGGACUGCAGCUAGGUAGACAGGACAUGCCCCUUCUCAAACUGUAUCAGAAUGCUCCGAUGACUGUGAAUCUGCAGUGUUAGUGUGCACAAAUCCUCAGGACCUCCAGGUACAUGCAUCUUUGCAGCUGAGGUCUUUGUCAAAGAAAAUCUUGGUUUUGUGGAUUCCCAUAGGCGUUCUGGUACGUUCACCUAAAGGCCAUUUCUACGCAGAUAGGAAAAUAGGCAUACAGAGAAAGGAGAUCCCUUAAUCUGUUGAUGUGACUCUGUGACUGAGCCAGCAUUCUUGUUGACUCAGGUGGAAUAGAUUUAACUGCUCAUAAAUAUUUGCUACCACUGAAGGCAAAUCUGCUUUUCCAAGGUCAUCAGGCAAGAGAUAGAGUCAACAUAGGGCUGCCAAACCUAAUUUUAUGAAAAAGUGGAAGAUCUAAGGGUGGUUUUUUUUAAACUCUUUUGUAGAACUUUAUUCAGGUAUAGUUGACAUGCAAUAUAUUGCACCUAUUUGAGGUGUACAGUUAAGUUUUGACAUACGCAUAAACCCACAGAACCUCAUCAUAAUCAUAAUGAACAUGUCCAUCACCCCUAAUGUACCUCAUGUUUCUGAUCUGUCUUUCCCCUGUUCAGGCAACCACUGACUUCCCUUCAUUUAUAAUAAAUUAGUUUAUAUUUUCUAGGAUUUUCUAUUAUCUGAGUCAUAAAAUGUUUUUUUUUCUUGUUUGAUUUAUGAUUUGUAAUUAUUUUGAGAUUCUUCAGUGAUGCUUAUAUAAGUAUUUCACUCUUUUUAUUGCUGUGUAACAUCUUUUCUAUGGAUAUACCAUUUGUUUAUCCAUUCAUCUUUCAGGAGUCUUUUAGGUACCUCGUUUUAGCUAUUGAAAAUAAAACUGCUGGAACAUUUGUAUGUAUGUAUGUAUUUUUCACUUCUCUUGUGUUAGUCACUCAAAGUAAAAUGCCUGAGUCAAAGGGUAAGUGAAUGUUUAACUUAUAAAGAAACCGCCAGACUGAUCUAAAAUGAUCGUUUGCUUUUGCAUACCUACCAGGAGUGCAUGAGAGUCCCAGUUCUUUCACAUCCUUGCCAGUACGUGGUAUCAGUCUUUUCGUUCAGUCUUUGGAAUUUACCCAUUUAAUAAGCAAGCAGUAAUUUUAAUUGCAUUUCCUUAAGGAUUUAUGAUGUUGAACAUUUUUCUCUUGUAUUUAUUUGCAAUCUGUAGAUCUUCUUGAUAAAAUGUCUGUUUGUAUCUUUUGCUUGUUUUUGUUCCUUGGGUGCUUUCCUGCUGUAUACAAUGUAAUGGCCACCACCUCCCCACACACACACACACACACACUUUUUAAGUUUAAUCUGCACUAUUUACAUAUUCUCCAACAUAUUCUUCAAUCUGGGCUUUCAAUAAUACAGCGUAGUCCUGGUUCGCAGUGUCUUUCAAGUUCUCUGGGGUGAGUACUCCCACUGUGGCUGAUUUCAGACCGCCAGUGUGAUGUCACCGAGCACAGUCGGGGAGAGUUGCUAGAGGUGCAGCAUUGUUUCCGCCAUCCUGAGCCAGCGGCCGCAUGUAACCUGUAGAGCACUGAUGAUAAUAAAACACAGUAAAACGAUUUAGGAAUCGACAAGUCUGGAAGACUUGGUUUUGUUUUUUUUUUUUAAUUUUUUUUCAACGUUUUUUAUUUAUUUUUGGGACAGAGAGAGACAUAGCAUGAACGGGGGAGGGGCGGAGAGAGAGGGAGACACAGAAUCGGAAACAGGCUCCAGGCUCCGAGCCAUCAGCCCAGAGCCUGACUCGGGGCUCGAACUCACGGACCGCGAGAUCGUGACCUGGCUGAAGUCGGACGCUUAACCGACUGCGCCACCCAGGCGCCCCUGGAAGACUUGUUUAAUAGAGGUGUCGUUGGCAACACAUAAACCGCACAUAGUUCAGAGUAUACUUUAAUGUUUUGAUACAUGCUUUUAACAUCCCUAAAACCAAACAUUUCAUUGGAAACAUAACGGAAGAUGUAUCAUAUUGACAAUAGUGCAGUUAGAUACUUCAGUUCAAGAAACAAAACAAAGCAGGAAAGAUAUUUGAAGUACAGGAAAUUCUUGGAAAAAAGUCAAACUUUGAAAAUGUUUUCUCACAAAGGAUCAGAAAGAAUGCAAAUUAACAGUUGAGAUGCAAUUUGCCAACAGUUUAUUUCAGGGUCAAAGCCUGUUUUUAUUCUAAACCCUCUGGAAGUUUGUAUGUUCUUGUUGACAGAAAAACUGUAAGUAAUCCAAUGUAAUUCUCAGCUUCGGGUUCUAUAAAAUUAUUGGAGAAUUUCAACAAAUUUAAAAACAUUCAGAGGAAAUGUUUAUAGUUUAAAGUGUUACUAUGCUCCCCACAUUCUCGAUUUUAUCACCCAUAUUUAACUGAGGAGCAGACCUUAGCCCCUAAUUUCUAAAGUUUUACAGUGCAUAUAAACUUAAGGUUUAUUGCAGUCUCUCACGUUUCAGUUGUCUAUAUUUGGUAUGUUUUGUAACAAGAAGAAGUACAAGUAGCACUGAUGUUUGGAGAAGAUAAUAGUCUGUUGUCCCCUUAAUCUCCGGCACAGGGGUGGAGCUCAGGGAACAGAUCUUUCUAGCUAUAAUCGCGGCUCUCUGCAGGCAUCUGGCAGGGGUGAAAUGUAUUUGUGUGAUGAUCCUCAUGUAUUUGAAUGAAAAUUUUAAAGUAAGUUCAAAGAUGAAAUAAGAACGAAAGGAAGGGGGUAGACAAGAGUCAAUAGGCAAAACAACAAUUGAAUCAACUAAAUAAGAGAAAAUAAACUGGUAAGGGGCCAGAAAUCAUUUUGAAGAUCUAUCAAAAAAUAUAUUUAAUAUACAAAUUAGAUACGGUUCAUUGACUUGGAGUAGGAAGUAAGCAAUUUUGUUUACAUCUGAG